AUGCCAAACAAAUUCUCAGCCCUUGGUGGAAAUAAAAGCAUUGUGAGUGUAGUGUGUAAAAAACGAGGGCAUUCCUACCCUCCGUUGAGCGUGGGUGUCAGUCCAAACAGCGUGCACAGCCCCACAGACAUGAGCAGGGAGCUGAGGACGGUGACCACAGCGGCCAGAGCCAGGCCCCAUUUGGACUUCACCAUCCUGUGCGUGUGGAGGCUCUUACCCGUCGGAGUGGACGUGGUUGCGGAUCUCCUCCAGGAGGCUGAAGACCUGACCCAGCGGGGACCGGAACACGUCCACCGGCACCAGGCCGCCGUCCCACGGAGACACGGCUGCCUUCACCAGCACCUGCUGGAUGUAGGCAACCGGAGGACCCCGAUGCUGAAAGUCUUGAUGAGCUGA